AAAUUCUUAAAUAAUUGCAUACUCAAGCCGUUAAUACAGUUGUUGUCAUAGAAAAGCAGUAUGCCUCCGGUUGCGCAAAACAGAACAUGUUCAUACUGCCAAAAAACAGUAAACAUUAUUUCACCCACACGGUGCGAAAAUGUUAUUUCCCAAUGGAAACUUGCUGAGGGAUAGGGCAUUUUGCUAGCGUGGUAAAUAUAUUGUUUUCUUUGCAUUUUUUUCUGACAUUUCGGAAGUACUCCGUCCGUAAGAGCUUUUAGAUCACUAAACGCUCUUAUAUUUCUUUAGUACAAUAAGUAUGGUUUACAUCCCAGGAGCAAAGCCGAACUGCUUUUACAGGCGUCCUUGACCGAAUGAUUCGGCCAGUCAACCAUGCGUCCACGCCUGAGCACCUUCCACGAAGCUGCCUGUCCCCAGGUUCUUCUACAUAACAAAAGCUCCAGUUUAUGUCAGCCACAGGAGCAACGGUUCCACAGAUGGCAGCGGUGCGCGACUCUUCGGCCCUCCGCUCACUGCCUUUCUUCUUCCUGCUCCUCGUCGCCAACAGCAAGGCCACCAUGCUAAACAUCACCAACCGAUGCUCCUACACCGUGUGGCCGGCCGCCGUGCCCAUCGGCGGUGGCGUGCAGCUCGACCCGGGGAAGUCAUGGACCCUCAACGUAUCCGGCCUCACCUCCAGAGGACGCCUGUGGGCGCGCACGGGCUGCUCAUUCGACGGCAGAGGCGACGGUUCAUGCCAGACGGGUGACUGCGGCGGCACGCUCGCCUGCACGGACUAUGGCCAACCGCCGGUCACGCUAGCCGAGUUCACGACUGGCCGAGGCCAGACGGACGAUUUCUUCGAUAUCUCCCUCGUCAACGGCUUCAACGUGCCCAUGGAUUUUCUGCCGGUGCCAACAAAGGGAGGGCCAGGGUGUAGCAAGGGGCCGCGCUGCGAAGCCAACAUAACGUCGCGGUGCCCAACUGAGCUGCAGGCUCCGGGAGGCUGCAACAACGCGUGCAUCGGGAAUGGGACGAGCAACUGCGAACCCACCACCUACACCGUCUUCUUCAAGCAGAUGUGCCCGGAUGCCUAUACCGACUACAACGACUUCACUUGCCCGACGGGAACCAACUACCAGGUCAUCUUCUGUCCCCCGUUCAAUCUAACAAUUGAACCGGCACCCGCGAGCUCUCUGCCUGCACCUAGUAGGCCAUCAAGCAAGAGACUGAAAUCCUCCAUCCUAAGAAGCCAUGUUGUGAUUAUUAUAGCUCCUGUGGGUGGUUUCGUUUUGCUCGCGGUAUUGGUUACAAUCAUUUUCUUCACAUGUAAAUGUAACCAAAGGGCACAACGGCACCAGGAGAUGGAGGAAGAGGAAGAGUUUGGCGAGCUACAAGGAGCACUAGUGAGAUUCACAUUUCAACAACUAGAGGUAGCAACUUGGCAAUUCGCAGACAAGCUUGGGGAAGGAGGAUUUGGGUCUGUUUUCAAGGGGCAAUUUGGUGAAGAAAGAAUCGCAGUGAAACGUUUGGAUCGAGCUGGCCAGGGGAAGAUGCAAUUUUUAGCAGAGAUUCAAACAAUCAGCAGCAUCCACCACAUCAACCUGGUGAGAUUGAUCGGUUUCUGUGCAGAGAAAUCUCAUAGGCUCUUGGUAUACGAGUAUAUGCCCAAGAGAUCCUUGGAUAGGUGGAUUUAUAGUUGCCAUGACAAUAAUGCUCCUCCUCUGGAUUGGAGCACGCGAUGCAAGAUUAUUACUCACAUAGCUAAGGGUCUCUCUUAUCUUCAUGAAGAGUGCACAAAAAGAAUUGCUCAUUUGGAUGUCAAACCACAAAACAUCCUCUUAGAUGAUAACUACAAUGCAAAACUUUCUGAUUUUGGACUAUGCAAGCUCAUUGAUAGAGAUAUUAGCCAAGUGAUUACUCGAAUGAGAGGCACACUCGGAUAUUUAGCUCCUGAAUGGUUGACAUCACAAAUCACAGAAAAGGCUGAUGUCUAUAGCUUUGGUGUUGUGGUCAUGGAAAUCAUUUGUGCAAGAAAGAACCUUGACAUCUCUCAAUCUGAAGAGGACAUCCAUCUUGUUACACUAGUGGAAGAAAAAGUGAAGAGUGGUCGGUUGGUAGAUUUGAUUGACAAGAGCAGUACCGACAUGCAAGCACACAGGCAAGAUGUAAUUGAGAUGAUGAAGCUCGCGAUGUGGUGUUUACAGAUUGAGUGCAGAAAAAGGCCUAAUAUGUCUCAUGUUGUAAAAUUAUUGGAAGGCGGUGACAUGAAAGCAAACACCAACAUAAGUAAUAACAUUGUUGCAAUAAGUCCAACAAAGUUUGGUAUGGCUGGAAAUCUGAGCUACUCAGAUUCGCCUCAAGCCUCAGAUCUAUCAGGCCCAAGGUAAACUGAGAGAAUCCUAAGAAGAUAUGCAAUUAGACUGCAAGCAAGAGACUUUUUGUCUCAAUGUAUAAUGUUUAACUUCUUUGAUUUAGAAAAAACCAAGCCUCUGUACUGAUAGCGUUCAUUUGGCUUCUCGCCACUUCUUUGAUUUAGAAACAACAACCUAGCUAAGACCAAACAUGGUGGUAGUGACAGGCCGAUGGUUAGUGGUAGCUUCUCACCACUAACCGGCCAAGUGGCCCGUCAAUGAUAAACAAGUCAUGACUAGCCCAAAACAGAUGAGCCAAUCAUGCGUCAAUGAUGAUAUGAUUUGGCCGGUCAGUGCUAUCUACGCCUGUAGUAGUGGGAGUCCCCAAGUGUAAGGGCAUUUGUAUCCUUUAGAUGUUUUGGUGAUUGAUGACAAUGCUUUUGCGGACUAAUCGUGU